AUGUGGCUUCCUGCAGCUCUGCUCCUUCUCAUCCUCCCAGGCUGUUUCUCCAUCUAUGGUCCGAGAACUGUGGGUGGUCCAGAGUGGGGCUCCCUGACCGUGCAGUGUCACUAUGACCCAGGGUAUGAGACCUACAAUAAGUGGUGGUGCCGCGGGGAGGGCUGGAAAUCCUGCGAAAUCCUCGUCAAAACCACAGGAUCAGAGCAAGAGGUAAAGACGGAUGACGUGUCCAUCAAGGACAAUCAUGAAAACUGCACGUUCACUGUGACCAUGGAGAAUCUCUGGAGAUUCGAAGCUGACAUCUACUGGUGUGGGAUUGAGAGAUUUGGCACUGACCUUGGGGUCCAAGUUCAAGUGAUCAUUUACCCAGGAAAGGGCGAGACCUCAAGAUGCAGCAGCCUGCACCCUGCUCAGCGCUGGAGAACAGCUGUCCAGGCUCCUCAGGUCCCAGCCCCACUCACCUGGGAGGCUGAGCGGGAGCAGAGCCAGGAACAGCCAUGUGGUCCUGCCUCCCCGGCUCCUGUCCUCUGUGACCCAUGA